GAGUGAUGGUCGUUGAAGUGAAAUACUGCUUAAGGAUUCGGCGAGACAAAAAUACACAAACAUGGACACUUGCUGUUUUCACGACGAUGCCCCCACCUCGACUAGUCCAGUUCUCCGACUCGGGACCACUCCUUUUUCCUCGCUAUGUGGACGCCGACAAUCUCCACAAUGAAGACGAAGACUCUGACCGGGUCGUCCACAACCAGUCCGUACUGCGGGUAGCAGACCUUCUCGGAGUUCCGAUGUCGUCUCUAACACCUAGGAAACACUGUGGUAGUCCACGCGCUGCGGCGUUUACCGCCCCAUCGGCACCUCAGAGCCCCUCACUCUUCCGUCACUCGAGUCCAUUCACCAAAAGGAAGCGAACUGCAUCUCCACGCGUGAGUGCAAUGAGUCCGUUGAAUGUCGUCCCAAGAGCUCCGUCUCCUGUUGGAGAGCUGCCCACCGACUCGGUUGUGUCGUUUGCGUCCUUGAUGUCACCAUCGGCUGGAAUUGCACGCAUCCGAUCGCCCAGACGAGCGAUUCUAGGUCAGUCAGAUGUGCACAAGAUCACCAAGUGGCUACAGUCGCUCUCGCACGAAGCUGCGAGCUUCUCGUCGUACGCGCUCUACUGCGAUAUGCUCUUCCGAGAGAGCCGCGUGCUGACACAGGGUAAACCUGUUCCAAACCGCCUACAAACAGCCAUUGCAUUCCACUGUCUGUGUAAAGCCACCAGUGUGUUUGCAAGACACGAAGAUAUUCUUCUUCGCAUUUGCGACGGCUUGGGGGCAGCGAUUUACAUGAAUAAUGAUCCUUCAUUGGUUCGCAACGGAGAGAUAGACGCGCUGGAGUUCUUUACACGACUCACCACGUUUUACGAGCAACACACGAUUUUCUAUCAGCAAAAGCAGGAUCUCCAGCAAGAGAUGUUGAGACAGCAAGCCUUACACCAGCAGCGUCUAGACGAAGAGCGAGCUCGAAAUGAACAGCUAAAGCAACUACAUCAACAGCUUCAAGUGAAUAAGCUGGACGCUAUCACUACAAAGAAAACUCAUGCGAAAGACUUGAACGGCAAGCUGCAAAACGUGCUUCUAAACUUUCAAUACGUAAAUGACCAAGAGAAGGAGAAGAUCGUGCUCGGAGCAGUUGAAGCACUGCAAGCUCAAGUAUCGGCCACUGCAGUCGUAGCAAUAGCAGAUCAGAUGGACCCAGUUGAGAAAGACAAGCUCAUGAGCAACCUACUCCAAGACAAGAUGAAGGGAAUCACACAACAAAUCGAAGAGCAGGUUCUUGUCAAGUCCAAUGCACAGCAAAACAUGAUUAUUGAACGAUCGGCAGCUCGGAUCACUCGUUUCCAAGCGCUCAUGUUGGACGUCAUCAAGAACCCAAACAGUGGGGAAUCCCGUAAGGAGAAUUCGAGCGCCGAAGUCGAUGACUGUUUGUGUGAACACGACCGCAAAGUGCUAGAAAUUGUCGGGGACGUGGUCGAUGAGUUGGAGCGUGAGAAGGCAAAAACGACGAGUUUGGAGCAGAGACUUGAAGAGGCCGAAAAACUCGCAAACGAGCUGCGAUUGAAGAAUAAUUCCUUAAUGAAUGAGGCCGAGGAACGCGCGAGGAAGUGCGAACAGCAGCUUCAGGAAUUGAGAGACCAGAUAGCAAACGCUCAAAACUCAACUGAUGACAAAUCCUUCCAAACGGAUGAAGAUUUCGAGGAGCUCCAACGGCACAACGAGAGUGGAGGCAAACGAAAGCGACACUUUAGUGCGGCCGACAGUGAUGACGACCUCAUUCUGAAGAACCGUGCCAAAAACAAAUUCGGCUACGGCAUCGCCAAUAUCAUCGAUCAAGCGAAGAUUGCGCCGUCCAAAGUGCGCAAGAUCCUGUUGAAGCGUAAGCCUCUUACUUUAAAUGAACUCCACAGCAUCAUCAUUGGAUACUACCAAGCCAAAAUGUUCCAGGACGUGCAGGACGACUCCUCUGGUAAACCCCGAAACAACCUCGCACAGUUUAUCAUGGAAAUGUACGUCCUUCACUACGGACUCAAGGACCUUGCGAUUAGUCAACUUGUUUUCUUGGACGCAGCCAUUCGCAAAAAUGCCCGUGAAAGUGCCAGGGUUCGAACCUUCGGACUUCUUACGGGGUCACUAGACCCCGAGUCUCAUGCCUGCUCGGUCCAGGGUGUCGACUUCUUCCUCCUCGUAGUCGUGAUCAUCUUCAAUGCUGGUGUGUACAAGAAAGGUAGAAAACAAGCCGUCACCAUCGCUCAGAACCUCAAGACUUUUUUCGGAGAUGGCAUCUUUGUCAGUCCCAAGUCUGUGACUGUCAAGCACGAGCUUGUAUGCCAGGCGAUCGACUUGGCAUUUUCGUUUACAAGAAACGAACCUGGAGGUCCCCUUAGUCAGCUAAAAGAUGAGAUUCAUCAGAAAUGCUUAGCAAACGGUGGAGGCCUGGAUAUCGAUAUGGUCCUGGAGAAGAUCAUGAAUUACUGGUUCGUGCUAUACGAGCACCAGAUCCAAGACAUCCACAAUAUGUUCGCAAUUGUCGAUACAAAUGGAGACGGAACUUUGGACUUCCAGGAAUUCUGUGAGCUGGUGUCAGUACUGGAGCCGACCAUGGACCGGCGAGAUGCUUUGGCACUUUACAACCGUGCGGCUGGAGAGGACAACGUCAUUGAUAAGGAUGAGUUUGUACAGGUUAUGCUGGCUCACCAACGUGGUGUCAUUCUGGAGGAAUUUUAUGGCGGUGUGUCUAAUAAGAAGAUCCUCAUGGGCAUUGAGCAGCGCAAGAACACGCUGUUACCAUUGGGUUCUUCAGCGACGACAGGUCAAGAGAAGGAAGAAGGAUCAUUCGACUUGUUAACUGCGGCUAUGGCCUCAGUCUCGAUGACAUCGGAUUCACUGGAAGAUGACGACGAGGAAGAUAGGAAUGUGGACGAUAAAACUGAGACGCAGCGUGUCCAAGAGAAUGUAUCAUUCCAGGCGCUAACGAGGCUCUCCACGUGGGCUACUGAGGCAAAAAGGAAGCUGAGACGAGCAAUACCGAAAAAUAUCGAAUCAACCAAAGAAGAAGAGAAGAGGACAGUGGCCACUCCCGACAAUUUCCAGGGAGAUACAGCUCGGUUACUGCGGCAAGCGCUGCAAAAAAGCUAACAUUAGUGAUUCUACAACAGAAUAGACAUCCAUACUAUCGAAGGUUCUGCACAAAUAUCGCUUAUGACUCUGUGGAUGGAGUUGAUCGUUGGC